AUGAUACGACGUCUCUCAAAAAGAGAUCUGAAGAAAAACUCGACGGACGGAAUAAAUGUGCUAUACUUAGCUCAUGACAGAAGUGGUGGAGGAUUUUUGAUACUACGGGUUAAGCAGGAAGUGAAGAGGAAAGCCAGCUCAUCAAAAGCUAUUCCUGAAGUACCUAGUAUGUAUAGUCCUAUUUGUGAUGAGGGUACAAAAGUAUGGCCUGUCACUGCGAAGACAAUCACAGCGAAGACGGUGCUAACGGUAUGGUUGCAUGAGCAGUGUGAAAGAAAUGGCGCUAGUUUUUUCAAGCGAUCAAGUUAUGCCAAGGGCUCGUCGCACUCUCUAAGUAAAAAGGAUGUCAUCAGUUGCUCAUGUUUUAUGAACGUUACCAUUGCUGAUGAUGGUAAAGUCAACAUAAAAGGAUGUUUGGGGCAUGUUGGCCACGAUAUAGAGCCUGCGCUGCUCCGUCUUGACAAUACGCAAGAACAACUUUUGAGAAGUCUUCUCGAAGAACAUUCCAUGGACUAUAUUUUGCGACGCCUCAAAAGGGACUACUCAGCGAAAACUAAGAUGUGGCCCUGGAUAUCGCGACAAGAAUGA